GUCAAAGGCUGCUUCAUUCUCCGUCCAUGGGCUUACAAGUUGUGGGAACAGAUACAGGGGUGGCUUGACACACAAAUCAAGAUCCUGGGAGUCGAGAACUGCUACUUCCCCAUGUUCAUUCCGAAGUGUUACAUGGAGAAGGAGAGUGACCACUUGGAUGACUUUGCGCCGGAGCUGGCGAUGGUCACCAAGUUCGGCAAUGAGGAAAUUGACGAGCCGGUUGCGAUUAGGCCGACGAGCGAGACCGCCAUGUACGCAGCAUUUUCGAGCUGGGUGCAGUCACACAGGGAUUUGCCCCUCAAGCUAAACCAGUGGUGCAGUGUCGUCCGGUGGGAAGUUAAGCAGACUACCCCGUUUCUGCGAACACGUGAGUUCUUGUGGCAAGAGGGCCACACUGCUUAUGCAGAGAAGGCCGAUGCGGAGAAGGAGGUCUUGGAUAUCUUAGAACUCUAUGCUCGUGUCUACGAGGAGCUUUUGGCCAUCCCCGUAGUGCGCGGGACGAAAACGAAGGCUGAGACCUUUCCCGGCGCUGACUACACGACGACGGUAGAGGCGUUUGUUCCAGCCACGGGCCGUGCAAUCCAGGGCGCGACCUCACACCACUUAGGCCAGAACUUCUCGAAGAUGUUCAACAUCCAAUUUCAGGAUCCGAAGGAUCCCACGGGCGCUGCGAUUGAGUAUGCAUACCAAAACUCCUGGGGCCUCACCCAGCGAACCAUUGGAGUCAUGGUCAUGGUUCAUGGCGACGACAAAGGGCUCGUGCUUCCACCGAACGUGGCUGGAUACCAGGUCGUCAUUGUGCCGCUGGGUAUCAAGGCGAGCAGCACCGAGGAAGACAAGAAGUCCUUGGCUGAGGUCUCUCAGGCUUACACCAAGCGGCUGAGGGCGGCCGGAGUUCGCGUGUUCCUAGAUGACGAUAACACCAAUUCACCUGGAUGGAAGUUCAACAACUGGGAGAUGAAGGGGGUACCUUUGAGGAUGGAGUUGGGCCCGCUCGACAUUCAGAAAGGUGAGUUCGUGCUGGCAAAAAGAAACAUUCUGGAUCAGAAGGCAGGUAAGGUGAUCGGCAAGCACGACUCCCUCGAAGAUGAUGUGAAGAGAACACUGGAUGAGAUACACAACGAGCUUUAUUCCAAAGCCCUGGCCGAACGGGAUAGCCGUUUGGCAACAAUUUCCGAGUGGAAGGACUUCAGUCCGAAUUUGAAUGAAGGCAAGAUGGUCAUGGUACCUUUCUGUGGCGUAAAGGAGUGUGAGGAACGAAUGAAGGAGAAGUCCAAGGAGGAGGCGGCAGAAGUUGAGGUGGCUGGCGGUCUGAAGAUGGGCGCCAAGAGCUUGGUUCUCUCGUGCUUGAGCCUCAUAAGCAUUGCGCAGACUUCCCAGCCAUCACAGUGUGCUGAUGGAACCUGCCCGAAGGGGCGCAAGGAUUCGGGUGUGUUGCUGAUGCAGCUCAAGCCGAAGCUGCGACGGGCCGAGAGCAACACGACAGACCAGGACGAAAAGUGGCCGAGCUGCUGCGCUCGCUGUGGUAGUCGUGGCUGGUGCUCUCCUAUGAGUGGGAAGUGCCACGAGUUGCAGAACAAGCUUUACUAUGAGGCUUGCGAAGCGCAUCCAGCAGAUGCGGUGAAGGUUGGGGCAUUGGACUGGUCUGAUGAGUUUGAAGGUGCCGAGAUCGACAGCGCGAGCUGGGUUCUGCUUGAAGCGGAGGGGGGAGUUCCAUCUGUGAAGUACACCAGCCGAAGGGACAAUGCUUUCGUGGAAGACGGCUCAUUGAAGAUCGUGGCGAAGUGCGAGGAUAUGGGCCGCUGGAACUACUCCUCUGCCAGGCUGACCACCGAGAGACUUCGGGAAUGGGGCCCGGGUCAUCGCAUCGAGCUGCGGGCUCGUGCCCCGGCUGGCCGUGGUGCUUGGCCUGCUGCGUGGAUGCUCCCAUCCCAAGGUCAUCAUGGAACAGAACAUGGUGGUGAAAUUGGCAUUAUGGAAACCACGGGCUGCAUCAGCGACAAGGUGCAGGCUGCGGUGCAAACGGGUGCUUUCAAUGCUGGCAACAAGUUGCAGAAGGGACAUCACUUCUACACCACUGUCUCCAACUGGCAUGUCUACACCCUCGAUUGGCUACCUGGCAGGCUGAAGUGGUAUGUGGACGGCGUGAGUUUUUUCAGCUUCACGCCGGACAGUUUCAGCAUCGCGGAGUGGCCUUUCAGCAAGAACUUCUUCCUGAAUCUUGAUGUCGCCGUCGCAGGCCCAUGGGCCGGCUUCUGCCUGGAUGGCCACUUGCCAUCAUGUACAAAGAAGGAGGAGUUUGGCCGGGACCAGGUAUUCGAGGUCGACUAUGUCCGUGUCUACAGGUUGGAUGAGGCACAUGAUGGUUAA